AUGCCUCACUCUAUUAUUACCCUCUACGACAUCCACUCUACUAUCCCUCAACCCUGGGCCCCCAACAUUUGGCGUAUUAGAUUCAUCCUCAAUUACAAACGGCUGCCCUACCACACGCAAUGGAUCGAGUUCUCUGACGUCGAAGCCACGCUGCGCACCCUCGGUGCCAUCCCGACCUCGCAAAAGUCUGACGGGCGCCCCGUCUACACGCUCCCUGUUAUCGUCGACCAAUUGCGGAACCCCGACGCCCCCGUGGUGCUCUCGAAUGUCAACACGAUCGCAGAGUAUCUCGAGGCGACGUAUCCUGCCCGGCCAGUGUACCCCGACGGAUCGCGCGCGCUCCAGACGCUCUUCGCCCACUACGUCCAGGACACCUUCGCCAAGCCUCUCCUUCCCAUCCUCGUCCCGCUCACGCACCAACGCCUCCCGGAACGCAGCCAGGCCCACUUCCGUCAUGAGGGCCGCGGUGGAGGCGCCGCGGGCGGGCAGGGCGAGCUCACCAGCGCCCAGCGCGAGCAGGCAUGGGCCGCAGUCCGGGAGCAGUUCCACUUCCUUGCGGGUAUCCUGGACAGGAACAACUCGGACGGGAACGGCAUCGUCGUUAUGGGGCGCGACGUCUCGUACGCCGACUUUGCCCUGUGCUCCGUGCUGAUCUGGGUCGAAAAGGUUUCUCCCCACGACUGUUGGGCUCGAAUCCGCGAAUGGGACGGUGGCCGCUGGGCCCGUCUGUAUGGUCGCUGCAAAGAGUACAUGGAUGUGUACUGA